CUUAUCGUUCGAAAAGUCGUGGCACGUGAACGAGCAAGAGCAGUAUCGUGGUCAAACUAUAUAACCGCGAGUGGUCAUAGUACGCGAGUUGCCAAUGAGAAGCAGCGCUAGGUCGAACGAAGAAAAGCCGAGACGACGGGGGAUCCAAAAGGAGUUGGCCGGCGAAAGGGACCUCGACACGAUACUCGGCAGGAUACUCGUCGUGGAUCUUGGAGCCGCGACGAUUUAUGGGGGACUUUAGCGCGGCGGGUCUCUUCUCGAGUAGUUUGUCCACCACGAGCACCAAAUCUUCGAUCAGCAACGCGACAACAUCGGCGAGCAGCGCAUCAGCAGCAGCCGGCGUGAUAACGACGAUAACGACGAUGCAGGACGAUCUGUUGAUCGAGAAGCAGGCGGGCGGCAAAGCAGCGCCCCUGUCGCCCAGCACCGGCCUGGAGACCGUCGGCGGCCAGGAGAAGACCAAGGACCCGGUCGAGGUCGAGAGUAUCGCUAUCACGCCGACGACGCCCUCCUCGACCGAGAAAGAGAUCGCGUGCAGCACGACGAGCUCGGCCCUGCAGAGUUUCACCGAGGGUGCCGGAAGGGUGCCGAGCUUGUGGUCGGCCCCGGACGAAACCGGCCUCCACGCGCUCCCCGUCAACGGAUCCAUCGCCGCGUUUCAGAACUUUCCGAGCGGCGGGCCGACCGGUUUGUUCGCCGGCACAGGGCCGGCCGGCGCUCGUCGCGCAAUCACGGCCAGUCACAAUUUCCCGCAACAACACGGAACCGCGACCGCUCCCACCGCCAGGCACGGCGGCCUCCAAGUGUCGUCCGCUCAACAGCAGCAGCAGCAGCAACAGCAACAGCAGCAGCAACCGUCGCAGCAGCAGCAACAGCAGCAGCAUCAGCAGCAGCCGACAGCCACCUCGCAUCCGGGUGUUUACCUUCCUGGGAAGGGUUACGCGGCUUGGUCAGGUGGGCCGCAAGCGCCCCAACAGUGGAGCGCUGGGCCGCAAGCCGCGGUCGCGAGCCCCGGCCUCUCGCCCUGGAAUCGUGGCAGAUCGGUGCCGAAUCUUCCUCCCCUGCACUCGUCCCUGCACGCCGCGGCCGCGGCCGCGGCCGCGGUUGGGUUACAAGGCAGGAAGCCGAGUCCCACGUUUCCCGGCCACCCGGGCCCGGCCGCCCAUCCUUCUUGCAUCAGCCCUGUCAAAUUUCGAAGAAGCACUUCGUACCCCGGCAAGGGUAACAUGUAUCCGCCUCAACCAGCGCCCACCUUCGAAGUCACCACCGCCGAAGAAAGGGAUUUGUUACAGCUGCCACCGUUCCAGCAGGAUCGCAUGACAGCUAAUGGAAACUCACCACUGGACAAUAUGAGAACGUUGGAGCAUUAUUUGAGCGACAUUAUGCGGGCUGGUACAGCAGAUACCCCGGAACACGUAAAAGGAUACAUGAACUGCAAUGCCAGCACGCUGCAAUCGCUCACGCAACUGCACGGCAAAUCACCGUUCUUCCCGAGUUUGGAGGAUCAGAGCGGCACGCUGCUGGAGGAUCCUAACGCGCCCAGCCAAUUGGACGGCGUCGGUGGAGUCGGGGUCGGGGUCGGUGUCGGUGUUGGGGUCGGGGUCGGUGUGGGCGUGGGUGUCGGCGUGGGCGUCGGUGUUGGGGUCGGCGUCGGUAGCGGGAUAACCGGAUCUCAGACGGCACCGCUUUCCUCCCCGAGUCGGAGCAGUCCUCACAGUCAAGGCAGUGAAACCGGGGAACGCUUCUCUAGGAAAGUGUUUGUCGGUGGCCUGCCACCGGACAUCGACGAGGAGGAGAUCAAAGCGAGCUUUCGCCGUUUCGGGUCGUUGGUCGUCGAUUGGCCCCACAAAGCUGAGAGUAAAUCUUACUUUCCACCGAAGGGCUACGCUUUCUUGCUUUUCCAGGACGAGGCGUCCGUGCAACAGUUGAUCGACGCGUGCAUCCAAGACGAAGAGAAACUGUAUCUGUGCGUCAGUUCGCCAACGACGAAAGACAAACCGGUACAAAUUCGACCGUGGCGACUGAGCGACGCGGAUUUCGUAUUGGACGCUUCGAUGCCUUUGGAUCCGCGGAAAACGGUGUUCGUCGGUGGUGUUCCCAGACCGUUGAAAGCUGUCGAGCUGGCGAUGAUCAUGGACCGGCUUUACGGGGGCGUGUGUUACGCCGGCAUCGACACCGAUCCCGAGUUGAAAUAUCCGAAGGGCGCCGGCAGGGUCGCUUUCAGCAAUCAACAGAGCUAUAUAGCUGCCAUAUCGGCCAGAUUCGUCCAGUUACAGCACGGCGACAUAGACAAAAGAGUCGAAGUCAAACCGUACGUUCUGGACGAUCAAAUGUGCGACGAGUGUCAGGGACAACGUUGCGGAGGCAAGUUCGCGCCGUUCUUUUGCGCGAAUGUCACCUGCCUACAGUACUAUUGCGAGCACUGUUGGGCGACGAUUCAUUCACGGCCAGGUCGAGAAUUUCAUAAGCCGUUGGUGAAAGAGGGUGCAGAUCGACCCCGAACCGUGCCGUACCGCUGGUGUUAACCCCAGCUGCGUUGUCCCUAAUUAUCUCGCAACCCUAGCUAAUUAACUACCACUUCUACGUACCAACUCCUCCUCCUCCUCCUCCUCCUCCUCCUCCUUCUCCUGUGAUCACUUCUCGUCCCUUCUUUCGCACUACGAGACGGCAAGGGCCGAGGGCAAAGAAGGAAAAUCGGAGAACGGGGGGAACGGAGCGCCAGGGCAGUUUGUCCCUUCCUUUCGUCGAUCGUUUGGCGCCAUCUCGAGAGAACCGAUUGAGACAGGGAUCGGAGGAGGGAUCGAAGCGGGAUCGGGUAACACCAAGCUUGCCCUCUCCUCGAUGAAAGGAUGGCCGUCGUUUUCGGAUAAUUCGGGGCCGGUACGUGUACGAUUAAAACGUGUACGAUUAAAGUGUGAACGUGAUUCGAUAUGGAUAAGAGGUGAUAGCGAGUACCUGAUUUGACGCGAAACUGCGAGGUUUAAGAUUGGUGGAGCAUGAAAGGAGAGAGAAAGAGAGAGAGAAAGAAAGGGAGAGAGAGAGAAAGAGAGAAUGAGCGAAUGACCGAUGAGAAAGAUGGAACAGAACUUUGUGUAUGCGUGAAUGAAUGGAGAAUAGAAGAAAAAGGAAAAGAUGGGAAAGGCAGAAUAUUGGGGAAAAGGGAAAUGGUGGCUGGUGAAUAAAAGUGGUAUUAAUAAUUAUAAGGAAAGAGUUGGAAGAUGAAAUCGUAGAUAAUGGAAAACAUCCACGCUUCGAACCGCUGUUUAUAUUAGACGAUUAUCUGUAUCACACAAUCUUUAGCUAUUAAGAAUUAUUGGAUAUGUCGGAUAGGUGCGUUAUAUAUACAUACAUACAUACAUACAUACAUACAUACAUACAUACAUACAUACAUACAUACAUACAUACAUAUAUAUAAAACACACAUAUAUACACGCGUUUAUCGCGGCUCGCGCUCGUAGGCAAAAUAUUUGAGCGAAACGAACGAUUUUUUACCGAUUAACUUGUUCGAGUGCGGGGCAUAAUAGUAAAAAAGAAAAGUUAUCAUGGGAUAAAAUAGUGAAGAGUGGAUGAAAGGAAGAGAAGACGAAGGUUGCGAAUGAGCGGAUAGAUGGCGUGAAAGGUUAAGAGAGCGUAGUGAGACACGUGAAUGUCGAGCGUUUGAUAUGCGUGUGUGGGGAAGCGAAAGAGAGAGAGAGAGAGAAAGAGAAUAAGAAAGAAGAGGAAGAAUAAACUUAGAGAAGCGAAGUAGGGAAACGGAAUUCAAACGGACGUUGAAAUACGACGAUAGUCUAAUACGCUUAACGCGCCAUCACGCGUUAAGUUCGUUUAACCGUACCAGAUCCUCAGCCAAUAUCAUCUUUACCGAGCGACCUUUCCAAAAAAAAGAGAUAAGAUAAACGAAAGAUAAAUGAAAAAGAAAAAAAAAAGAAGAAAGAAAAAGGAAGAAGGAAGAAGGAGGGAAAAAGGAGGGAAAAUAAAAACCUCGUGCAGACUGUUACUCGUUUUCAAGAGAGAGUACAAAAAUGAACGGUCGCGUCGAAACUUGAAAGUCAAGGAAGAAGCACCGAAGAAGUGAGAGCGAAGAAAAAGAGAGAGAGAGAGAGAGAAAGGAAAAAAACGAGUCAAAGGGGACUAAUUUCGGCCGUGAAUCUGGAAAAAUCAUUAAGAGGAAAAAAAAAAAGAAAAAAA